AUGAAUGCAAGAGAGGAAGGAGAUGAUAGAUCCACGAGCAGCGAAAGCUAUACUGAUCUAAGAGAGGAGCCAAAAGUAGAAGAGGCUCCAGUACAGGCGUUUGUUGGCCAAGAUCUCGAACAACCACAACACUCUCAAAGUCAAAUCAUUAAUCCCGAAGAAGAGUAUGACUCAAAUAUAGCAUUGUCGAGAAGAGUAUCACGAUUGACGGCAGAUUAUGACAAUUUAAUCCGUCAAGCUACAAGGUUAUCCACACCGUUGCCACCUAUGGGCGGGGGUAGACCAUACCCGAAACAUCUAGGCACAAGAGAUCCCUACGUUGUAGAAUUUGAUGGUGAAGACGAUCCUGGUAACCCCAAGAAUUGGAAGUUUUCCACAAAGCUUCUAUAUACAUGCACAGCGGGAUUGACUGCAUUUUGUAUUAGCAUUGGAUCAGCCAUGUUUGCUGGAGCUGCAACAGACUUGAUGCAGGUUUACCACAUCGGAUGGACUGUUGCUACUCUAAGCACAUCACUAUUCGUUUUCGGGUUUGCUUCAGGACCAGUCAUUUACGGUCCAUUGUCGGAGUUAUUUGGAAGAAAAAUGAUUUUGAUUCCCAGCUCUUUAGGAUACACAUUAUUUAGCUUUGCUGUAGCUACUGCUAAAGAUGUUCAAACGGUUAUGUUGUGUCGAUUCUUUGCUGGGUUCAUUGGUGCCGCGCCGUUGGUUGUUGCGCCAGCUAUUAUGGCUGAUAUGUUUGGUGCAAGAACAAGAGGCACUGCGAUUACACUUUUUGCUAUGGUUUUGUUUGGUGGACCCAUGCUUGCCCCAAUUCUUGGUGGAUUUACUGUAAAAAACUCAUCUUUGGGAUGGAGAUGGACCUCAUACUUUUGUGGCAUUGUAGGUGCUUUGUCGUUUGUCAUGAGUAUAUUCUGCUUGGAAGAAACCCAUCAUCCGAUCAUUCUUGCUAGAAGAGCCGAGGAGUUGAGAAGGAGAACCGGCAAUUGGGGAAUCUAUGCUCCACACGAUGAAGUUUCCUUGAGUAUCAAAGAAAUUGCCGAAAACAACAUUACUCGUCCAUUGAAGAUGUUAUUCACCGAGCCCAUCUUAUUCUUGGUUUCGUUAUACAAUGCUUUUAUUUAUGGUAUCUUGUACUUGCUUCUCACGGCGGUCCCCUUGAUCUUUAUUGGCAAGUAUGGUUGGUCUCAAGGUGUGGGCCAAUUACCUUACAUAUCGAUGCUUUUGGGAACACUCGUUGGUGGAUUGAUUGUAAUUUGGGGUGAAAGACGAUACAAUCAAGUUAUGGACGAGAACGAUGGUAAACCGGUUCCAGAGGAAAGGUUGCCGCCAAUGAUGCUUGGCUCAGUUACUUUCACGAUUGGUAUGUUUUGGCUUGGAUGGGGUGGAGCUUACGGUAACAAGGUUCAUUGGAUAGUGCCCACUAUUGGCGCGUUCUUUGUUGGGAAUGGAUUAAUGUUGAUUUUUUUGCCCUGUUUCAACUACAUCAUUGACUGCUACCUAUUGUAUGCUGCUUCUGCCUUGGCAGCAAACACGUUCCUAAGGUCAGCUUUUGGUGCAGCUUUCCCCCUUUUUGCUAGGCAGAUGUUCGUUAAUAUGAAGAUUCAAUGGGCUGCUACAUUGUUGGGUUGUUUAGGGGCGGCCAUGAUACCAGUCCCGUUUUUAUUCUAUUUUUUUGGUAAGAAAGUGAGGGCUAGCUCGAAGUAUGCAUUUGUUCUAUAG